CUAAAACUUUCAGCAAACUCUGUGGCUCUCUGUUUCUACUAAAUCCUCUGGAGUUCGAACUUCGAACCACCGCUGAAGAAGAAGGAAGAAAAUGUCGUCUGUUGGAGCAUUUCAACUAGCCGCACCUCCAUUUCCUUCGUCCUCCUCUUCCUUCAGCAAAACAACCCCUUCUCUUCGUCUUCUUCCCUUUCCCAUUUCGUCUCUACAACGCCACGCCAUCCUUAACCGGAAUUUUCAACGUCGCGAUGCCGUGUCAAUCGGGCAAAUAUCGAGAUCUGGACGGAAAUUUGGCUCCCUCCGCUGCUUCUCUGCAUUGUCUCCCGAGCUGAAAACGACAAUUGACAAAGUCGUUACGUCAGAGAAAGUAGUUCUCUUUAUGAAGGGAUCAAAAGACUUCCCACAAUGUGGAUUCUCCAACACCGUAGUUCAAAUAUUGAAGUCAUUAAAUGUGACCUUUGAGACCAUAAACAUUCUGGAGAAUGAAGUACUAAGGCAAGGACUGAAGGAGUAUUCAAGCUGGCCAACCUUUCCUCAGCUUUAUAUUGAUGGAGAGUUCUUUGGUGGUUGUGACAUAACUGUUGUUUCCAUAUCUACAGAAGCAUACAAAAGUGGAGAAUUGCAAGAAGUGUUGGAGAAGGCUAUGUGUUCUUGAAGCCCAUUGUUUGGUUGAGGUUUGGUAAUGCUUCUUGAUUUGGUUUUUAUUUUUAUUUUUAGGUGAUGGAAAGGUGUACAUCAAUAUGAUAUUUAUGUUACUCAAAGCUUGAAGGAAAUGAAACAACUACAUUUAGCACUUCUUGAAAAAAGUGUUUUUGAGUGAAAGCAUUUUUUCUA